AUGGUAUUUCAGAGAGCUGCUACCGCUCUUACAGCCCAGGAUCCAAUACGCCAGGCCAAUACAAUGAGUGCAGUGGAGCAGAGAGUACUCCGAAAAAGCUGGAAUGCUGCUCUUGAUGCUGCACACUUUGGAAGCUUGGAAUCUAUGGAGGCUUCUUGUGGGCAUUCUCUUCGACGAAGUUCAAGUUGGAAAGAUAAAAUGGCAUUGCCAUUCUUUUCCAAGAGAUGCACUCAGGUAAAAACGAUCCAACAAGAUGAAUUGUUAAAAAUGAUUGCUUCCGGAAAACCAAGCUAUGAACAAGUACAUAGGUGGAGAAAAUCAUUCGAGGCUCUGUUGGCUGAUAAAUAUGGACUUGCUCUAUUCAAAGAGUUUCUAGCCACGGAAUUUAGCGACGAAAAUAUCGAAUUUUGGAUAGCCUGCGAGGAGUACAAGGUCAUAACGCACCCGAAGAAACAGCAGGCCAAAGCCCAAAAGAUUUAUGAAGAUUUUAUAGCCACACAAGCCCGACGAGAGAUAAAUUUGGAUUCGGUUACGCGAGACCAGACAAUUGCCGAAUUAAUGUCUCCUACCACUCACACCUUCGAAAAUGCCCAGAAACGAAUUCAAGCCCUAAUGGAGCGUGAUUCCUACGGUCGAUUUCUACGCUCUGAUCUAUUUCUCACACUCCUAAAUCAGGCCAAGCAGGCGGCUCGUGAGUUGGCCGCUGCAGCGAGGGACAGCCACGAGGGAAGCAGUGGAAGCUUUUCAGGUGAUAGUUCCUCUCGAUUCCGGUUACCCAAUUUCAUGGUUGGGGGCGUUGUUGGCGGUCCUCUGCGAUCUGGGGGCGGUGGGGGUGUAGGUACCGACCUCCCGGGGGUUCUUGCAGCAGCUGCCGACGCAGAAGCGGGAAUGAACUCCGUGCAAGAUCUCGAACUGCUUGGCCUUUCCACUUCACGGCAUAUGCGAAAUGCUACAAAGAAUGCAGCGGCAAAUAAACGCCCUACUUCCUCCUCAGGCAAGUCUUCAACAUCUCCAGUUAAGCCUCCUAUUCGAUGA